AUGACCGAGAGGGGCCCCGCCAGUGUGCCGCCCGGGGGCGCGGCUGGCAGCGCCGGCGCCGCGGGGCCCCUGGCGUCCCAGGGCGGGGCCGUCGCGGCCAGCACCUCUUCGCAGAGGCCGCGGCGGCGCUCCCUGGGCGAGGCCGCCGCCGAGGUCCUGGCGCUCCAGAGGCACCGCAGGAUGCAGGAGCGCCACCUCGGCCACCGAGGGCUGGGCCCAGCGGUGCUGUCCGAGAUGCGGGGAGGGGCCCACGCGCGGAGUGGGCAAACUGCCGCGGAGCCUCGCAGCGCCGCGACGGUGCCCGAAGGCCCGGCGCCCCACGUCGCGGAGCCAGGCAGCGCGAGCACGGCGGCCGAGCUCUCCUCGCCGUCCAAGACGCCCAGCCGCCUGGACAUCCUCGACCCCGAGCCAGCCUGCUGGCGCGCCUCCCGCUGCGGCGAGGCCAGGGCGUCCCAGCACAGGCCCGCGCCGCAGGUGGCCCUGUGGGAGCCCGGGGAGGGGCGGCUCGAGAACUUCUGGAUGCCGCAGGCGCCCCCGAGCCCGGCGGGCGCGCUGCCGAGCCCGGUGGGGGCGCUCUCGAAGCCCGGGCGGGGCCACGACUUCCGGGCGGACCUCAGCAGGCAGGGCGCCCUCGGGAACGCGGGCCGGCUGCACGUGGGCCUCGCCCCGCGCGCGGACUCCGCGGCGAGGAGCCACGGGCUCCCGCGGCGCGCCAGCAGCAUCGGAGCGGUCUCCCCCACGCUGUGCGGCGGCUCCGGGCCCCCGCGGGCGCUCAGGGCCUCGGGCCUCGUGAGCGCUGCGGUGGGCUACGCGCUGGGCCGGAGGGCGUCGGCCGAGCCUCGAAGAGGCCGCGGCGGCGGUGGCCGGAUCUCCCGGCUCUGGCCCAGAAGACCCAGCUUGCCCACGAGGGACUCUGCUAACUCGGCGGGGAUCAUGGAGGAGAUGCUCUUCGACAAGGAAGACAGCACCCCAUACGAGCGGCAGGUCACGCCGAACGGCACCGCCUUCAGCCCCAUUUCCAGGUCCGACAUCAAGCCCACCGCGGAGCACGAGCUCCUGGACGUGGGCCAGGUGUACGGCCUGGGCGGCUACAGCCAGUACAACCGGGUGCUCCUCUGCAUGGUCGGUCUGCCAGCCAGGGGCAAGUCCUACAUCGUCAAGAUGUUGACGCGCUACCUCACGUGGUCAGGUUUCCCGGUCAAGGCGUUCAACGCUGGGAACCUGAGGAGGCACAUGGGCAAGGCUGGCGCGGAUGCGAACUUCUUCGACAAGAACAACAAGGAGAUGUCGGCGCUGCGGGAGAGGAUCGCCUCGCAGUGCAUGGAGGAGGCCAUCGGCUGGCUGGAGGAGCAGCAGGGUGUGUGCGUUGCGAUCUUCGACGCCACCAACACCACCAGGAAGCGGAGAGCCAAGAUCGUCCAGCGGUGCGGCAAAGGCAGCGGGCUCACCCCUGUGUUUGUGGAGAGCAUCUGCGACGACCCCGAGAUUCUGAAGGAGAAUUACCGCCUGAAGCUCGGCAACGACGACUAUCAGGGCAUGGAUCCCGAGAAAGCACGGGUAGAUUUUCUUGAGCGUGUCCGACAAUACGAGGACGCGUACGAGGCCGUGGAGGACGAGGAGCUGGGGGAGAACAUAAGCUAUAUCAAAAUGUUCAACGUUGGCCAGAAGGUUGUCAUGCAUCGCAUCACGGGGUACCUCACAAGCCAGGUGGCCUCCUACCUCAGCAACUGUCAUAUAUGCCAACGGAGCAUCUGGCUGACGCGGCAUGCAGAAACCGAAGACCACCUUGCAGGCAAGCUGGGCAGCGUGAGGGAGGAGCUGACGCCGAACGGUCACAGAUAUUGCCGCUUCGUCGCGGAGAUGCUGCGAAGCUGCAAGCGGCAGAUGCUUAGGGCGGGCGAGACCACGGACAGGGAGGUGCUCGUGCUGCUUGGCACGGCACCCGUGCACGCGGCCACCCUGAACUCCCUGAAGAGUGUUCCUGAUGUGGCCGAGGAUCGAAUCCACUUUACGGGCAUGAGCACUUCGCUUCUGAACGAGCUCGACGGGGGCGUCUGCAACGGCAUGACCUACGAGCAGAUCCAGAGAGAGCACCCCGACAUCUGGGAGGCACGGGAGAAGGACAAGCUGAACUUCCGCUACCCCGGCGCCGGCGGCGAGUCCUACGCGGAUGUGAUUGGACGCCUUCGACCCAUCAUCAUUGAGCUUGAGAGGCAGCGCCGCUCGGUGCUGGUGAUCUCGCACCUGGCCGUCCAGAGGUGCCUGUACGCGUACUUCACAGGCUGCCCUAUACAGGACACGCCGUACCUGGAGCUGCCCAUGCACACAGUGGUCGAACUGCGGCCGAAGCCCCAUGGGGCGGCCGUGCGUCAGGCGCACUUCGAUGAUGACUCGCCCGCCCUGAACGAGGCGAUGAGAUCACAGGUGGAGCCGCGCUGA